CAAUGCAGUAGAAGACAAGAAAUGUAGAAAGAGAAUGUGAGGCAUUGAAAGGAAGUUAAAUAAUGAUCCUUUAUUGCAUGAGUCUCUACCGUAUCGGAUGAGUAAUGUACACCGAGAGGACACUUCGCAGUUACAACGGAACUGGAGUUUCGUGAAGUGGAUCUAGAAGUGAAGUCAAGCUGCAAAUCUUCCUAGUCAUUGCCGUGUGCCUGUGUUUUUAUAUCGUGUUGAUUCUUGCUAAAACUAAAGUUGGACUUCACGCCAAACUAUUCAGAAACUUCACAAUGGCGUUAGCAAACGCUAAUGUCAAUUGUUCGUUAGACGACAUCGAUUUGAACAGUUUACGGGAUCCAGCUGGGAUAUUUGACCUGAUAGAAGUAGUUGGAAAUGGAACAUAUGGCCAAGUUUACAAGGGCCGACAUACAAAAACAGGCCAGUUGGCGGCGAUCAAAGUAAUGAAUGUUACUGAGGAUGAAGAGGAGGAAAUUAAAUUAGAAAUCAAUGUGCUCAAAAAGUUUUCACAUCAUAGAAACAUAGCCACUUAUUAUGGUGCUUUCAUCAAGAAGGGUCCACCUGGCAAAGAUGACCAACUGUGGUUGGUCAUGGAGUAUUGCGGCGCUGGAUCCGUCACAGACCUAGUCAAAGCUUCGAAAGGAAGUGCUUUCAAAGAAGAAUGGAUUGCCUACAUGUGCAGAGAGAUAUUAAGGGGUUUGAGUCACCUACACGGAAGCAAGGUGAUUCACAGAGACAUCAAGGGUCAGAAUGUGCUGCUCACCGACAAUGCGGAGGUCAAGCUUGUUGAUUUCGGAGUCAGCGCACAGUUAGAUAGGACCAUCGGACGAAGAAACACCUUUAUCGGCACUCCAUACUGGAUGGCGCCGGAGGUGAUAGCUUGCGACGAGAAUCCAGACGCGACGUACGACAACAGGCUCUGUGUGAUAUGCAUCCGAUGCGAGCGCUGUUUCUAAUUCCAAGAAAUCCUCCACCCAAGCUAAAGUCGAAAAAGUGGUCGAAGAAGUUUCACAGUUUCGUCGACACGUGUCUCAUCAAGGACUACCACCACCGGCCGUACACAGACACGCUGCUCAAGCACGCGUUCAUCCGCGACCAGCCGACCGAGCGACAAGUGCGCAUCCAGAUCAAAGACUUCAUUGACAGGCGAGACAGAGAGAAGCGUGCGAGUCGUCCGGAGCCGGCCCAGGCUCGCAGGCAGCCCGAGGUGCAGCAAGCGCCGCAGCCUAAAGCUCUACAGCAACACCGCCUCAUAGUCGUGCCGAACCCGCCCGCUCAGCAGGCACAGAUGGUGGCGGCGGCGGAGCCGGGGCCGAGCGUCGCCGUGCCGCAUCAGAAUGGGGACGCGCACCCGCCCGCAAGGAGGAAGCCUGAGGACCUGGAGGUGCUGGCAGCGCAGCUGAACCAGCUUGCGGCAGGCAGCGUGCGGCGGGGGUCUGCGACGGCAGCGGCAGCGGCGCGCGAACCGCGUGAAAACGGUGAGCAGACGGCGUCCAUAACUCUCGGCGAUGAGGAAGAAGAUGGCGGCGCCGGCGGCGGCGGUGACGACUCCGGCACCGACACGGAGGAGCGCGUGACGCAGCGCGCCAAGGACGACGGCACCCUGCUCGCAUCCGACCCGCCGAAGCCGCUACCUGACUUCUUCAAGCCUCCGGAUUCGUACAAUGAGAACACGCUGCUAACGAUGGUCGUGCACGAUGCCGACGGCAACCCGGUGCAGGUGCCAGUGCCGCGCGCCAUGGCAACCACGCCGGAUGCGGAGGAUGAGGAGCAAGAUGGGACUCUGGUGAACCGCCGGAGGGAGCGGGCCAGGCAGGCGCAGCGGCAGUCACAGCCUCCGAAGCCCAACAACAAGAAGUUGGAACGGCUGCAGCGGGAGCGACCCAUCUCCAUGCCGACGAGGCAGGAGCAGAGUUCCUCCGGGCAAAACGACACCGGUCAGUUCUUCAUCGGCGCGGCCAGCUCGCGACAGAGCAGCGUGCUGCCGGACCUCCUGCCACUCACCAACUCCCCGACGACUUCGUCCGGCAGCCCCCAGCGGCCGCAGGACAAGACCACAUCCGAGGAGUACCGCAUGGCGAUCGGCGGCAAGGCGCCGCCGCAGUUCCUGCAGCAGAAGCAGAAGUCGUUCAUCGGGUUCGGGUUCGGAGGCCGGCCGAUCACGCCCGAGAUACAGCAAGUACAAGGAACGCUUCAACUCGGAGAUCCUGCUGCUGCGGCGCGCUGGUGUGUGAACUUGCUCAUAGGAACAGAGAAUGGACUGAUGCUGCUAGAUAGAAGCGGACAGGGAAAAGUGUACCAGCUGAUAUCCAGGCGGCGCUUCCAGCAGAUGGAGGUGUUGGAAGGACAGAACAUUCUCGUCACGAUCUCGGGCAAGAAGAACAAGAUCCGUGUCUACUACCUGUCGUGGUUGAAGAGCAAGAUUCUGCGGACGGAUGGGCAAGUAGAAAAGAGGAAUGGAUGGGUGAACGUGGGUGACAUGGAAGGUGCAAUUCACUUCAAAAUAGUGAAAUACGAGAGGAUCAAGUUUUUGGUGAUCGGUCUGCGUGACAGCGUGGAGAUAUACGCAUGGGCACCGAAACCAUAUCACAAGUUCAUGGCCUUCAAGUCAUUCGGCGUGCUGCAGAACAAGCCGGUGCUUGUCGACCUGACGAUAGAGGAGGGCACGAGGUUAAAGGUCAUCUACGGGUCGCAGAACGGCUUCCACGCUGUCGACGUCGACACGGGCAACGUCUACGACGUCUACAUCCCGCAGAGCACGCAAGAGCCAAUUAAUCCGCACUGUAUCGUUCCACUGCCAAACACAAAUGGAAUGCAGCUACUCCUCUGUUAUGACAACGAGGGCGUCUACUUCAACACGUACGGCAAGACGACGAAGAACGUGGUGCUGCAGUGGGGCGAGCUGCCGACGUCCGUCGCCUACAUCGGCACGGGACAGAUCAUGGGCUGGGGCAACAAGGCCAUCGAGAUUCGCUCGGUCGAGACGGGCCACCUCGACGGCGUCUUCAUGCACAAGAAGGCGCAGAAGCUGAAGUUCCUCUGCGAGCGCAACGACAAGGUGUUCUUCAGCUCGGCGCGUUCUGGCUCCUCCUGCCAGAUUUACUUCAUGACUCUCAACAAGCCGGGGCUCGCCAACUGGUAGUGCGGGGCCGCCGCGGAGCGUUCCCAUGCUACAGCAGCUGCCUCUCCUCCUGGCGAUCACUCCGGAAACACACGACAACCCGAGCGGGCGACGCGAGGGUCAUGCUGCAACAGUCAUGCCCACGUCAUAUCAUUUGUCUGCUUCGAUUGGUCACUGUCGGACGAUGCACCGGUCACUACAAGCCGGUUCCCCUGCAGUCAGUGGGAACAGCCUGCCGCGGCGCGGCGCUGUGACGAUACAACAUGCAUCGACCACCAACGGAUUCUCUCUCUCUCUCUGCUCACGAGUUCAUCUCCUCUUAGUGUCUUGCGGUUUCUCGUUCUAACACUGUGAUGUUUUAGCGCGCUCGCGUAAAAAGUAGCACGGGAGAGACAGGGUAAAAAACGAAAACCAGUAAGUGCCCGUAUUAUGUCUGUACGUGCGUGCGUGCGUGUGUGUGUGUCGUUACUCGUAGAGUAUCUUGAGCGCACGUCUUUCGAGUAGUGCUGUGGAGGAGUAGUCUGUGGGACAUGAUGACUUACUUGUUCACACGUGGCAGACGCAGCGCAUCACUGUGCGUCGUCUCGAUACACGAAUCGCUGAGCAGCUGCUAAUGUGGAGUGCGGAUGUUAGCUUGGGAGUGCGUAAUCUUGCAGUCUAGCUGCUGCUAGAGAACCGGCUGUAUAUCGCUCUCUGGCUUCGAUUUGAGAAUGUGUUAAAACGUCGUCAUCCCGACGGAGAGAGAGAUCGAAGGUGUUUUUUUAUUUUAACCACGCGUACGUGCCCGACAUAUGUAAGUAUUAAAAUAUCCCCCAAUGCGAGAUCUGUACUCGCAAUUCGUACACGCGUCGCCGGAUGUGUGAAUCACGUGCUAAUCACGUGUGCGCAGUAGACCCGAGGGACAGUAGUUAUACCAGGUAUGGUAGGUGCGUGUAUAUAGGAUAGUGUAUACAAACAAACACGUUAGGGUUCCCUGCCGUGUCGCCUAUGUAACAAUGAGCAGUUAUUACUUGCCACGUAUUUAAUGGAAUAAUUACUACCGGAGCAAGGUUUUAGAGAAGCGUUGAUCACGCAGAUGUGUUGCUAGAAAAGAGCUGCUUGAGCCACCGCGCGUGGACGAUGUGCAAAUAUUAUGUAAGCUUGAUCACUAGUGUUUGUUGGCUGUUUACGUGCAGGUUUAGCGUGAAGUGUAGAGACGGAUGUCUCGGCUGCGUUUUAGAAGUACUUAACGUUUGUUGAUUUUUGUAUAAUUUUUAUUAUCAUGCUUUGUUAUGAGAAUUUUUGGUGACGUGUAUAUACAACUGUGUUUUUAAUAAUAUUUUAACCCGUACAUUUGAUAGUGAUAAAGGUGUUUGUGACAUGCGCACGGUCGCAUACACAUACAAACACAUAGGUAGUACACGCGCGCACGUAUACGUUUACACGUGCACACAAAUACGUGCGCAUGUACACACACGCGCGCAUGAACACGUAAGGACACACUCACAGACACACACGCACACGCCAUAUGCUUCCCUCGCCUGUGUCAUAAAUGAAAGUAUAGUCCAC